AAUCAAAACUAUAGUUCUUAAAUGGCAAACUAUAAAAUAUUUGCUAUUUAGUCAACAAAGAUAGGCCAAAUAAUAGAAGAAAUCGUUCCAUACUGACGUAUUCUAGUUAAAUUUGCGAUUUUUACCCUUCAUGGAACAAUCCAUGGACUCCCUUUAUAUUUUCGCAUCAACAAGGCCGUAACUCAACCACCAUUUCUCUGUCAUUGCAAUGAAACCUACACCAUUGACUCAUUGAUUUGUCUCCACAAGUCCAUGGAAUCUCUAUUAUGACAAAAGUUUGAUUUUUAUAAGGUUUCUUCUUCACUUCGCUCAUUUGGCGAGUGAAAGGUGAGAACUUACCAUUGAUUUUCGUCAAGAAAAGCCAGAGGAAAAAUAUUUGUUUGGCUGCUGCAGCUGAAGAUCGGUCACAUAUAACUAGGAAUUCAUUGGAUAAACCAACGUCAGAUCAUCAUAAUGGGAUCAGAAGCUCCUUCGGUGGUUACAGUUCAUAUCACAGGCUUCAAGAAAUUUCAUGGUGUUUCAGAGAAUCCGACAGAAACUAUAGUCAAUAAUCUGAAAGGAUACAUGGAGAAGAAGGGGUUGCCAAAAGGCUUAGUUAUUGGAAGUUGCAGUAUUCUUGAGUCUGCUGGAGAAGGAGUUGUUCCUUCUCUUUAUAAAAUAUUGGAGUCAUCUCUAUCCGGUCAUGACAAUUCGUCUAGUCUUGACCGUGUAAUUUGGCUUCAUUUUGGAGUUAAUAGUGGUGCAACUAGGUUUGCUAUUGAGAAUCAAGCUGUGAAUGAAGCUUCUUUUCGAUGUCCUGACGAGCUAGGAUGGAAACCCCAGAGAGUACCUAUCAUUCCCUCGGAUGGAUGCAUCACACGAACACGUGAGACUUCUCUUCCUACCAAUGAGAUAACAAGGGCACUUUCAGGCAUGGGAUACUGUGUUAUGACCUCUGAUGAUGCGGGCAGGUUUGUCUGCAACUACGUAUACUACCACUCGCUUUGCUUCGCAGAGCAGCACAGAAUCAAAUCCCUCUUCGUGCAUUUCCCUCUCUUCUUAACAAUCAGUGAGGAUACCCAAAUGCAAUUCGUGGCUUCGCUGCUGGAGGUCAUCGCCUCCUUGCAGUAUUGAAAUCGACGAGGAUAUCUCGUGUUGUUAUGUAUAUGUUGGACUGUAAUUCGGGCAUUGGUUCAAAAUGCUAAGUUUUUUCCUAUAAUAUGUGUGUUAAUGUGUGUAUAUGUGGUUACUGCAAACAAUUUCUGGUCAUCCUUGCAAUUAAUAAAUAGUUGAAAAAGGGGUGUGUUGUCAUUUUGAAACUUGGAACUUGUCAUGAAAU